GUGGUUCUUGGGAGUGGUGGGGCGGGUCCUCCCGGCUGUCAGCUGUGGCCCUAGGCGCCUAGGCGGAGUGACGGUGGCCAUUGGCGGAUAGGAGGGCGGGGCGGGGUCGCCUGGAGCGGCUAUACUAGGCCGUUCAGUGGAGCCUAGCAGCCGGCCUGGGAGGCACAGUGUGCGUUGCAGCAAUCCGGCUUGCAACCCCGAUCCGGCUUGGCCCUGGGAGGAAGGCUGUGUGCAGCAGAGAUCCGGCUUGGCCAUGGCAGCCGCUCCUCUGAAAGUGUGCAUCGUGGGCUCUGGGAACUGGGGAUCAGCUGUUGCAAAAAUCAUUGGAAGCAACGUGAAGAACCUGCAGAAGUUCUCCUCCACCGUCAAGAUGUGGGUCUUCGAAGAGACGGUGAACGGGAGAAAGCUGACGGACAUCAUCAACAGUGAACACGAAAAUGUGAAAUACCUCCCAGGACACAAGCUGCCAGAGAAUGUGGUCGCUGUCCCAAAUCUCAGCGAAGCUGUGCAGGACGCAGACCUGCUGGUGUUUGUCAUUCCCCACCAAUUCAUCCACAAGAUCUGCGAUGAGAUCACGGGCAGGGUGCCCAAGAAGGCCCUGGGCAUCACUCUCAUCAAGGGCAUAGAUGAGGGCCCUGACGGACUGAAGCUCAUCUCCGACAUCAUCCGAGAGAAGAUGGGGAUUGACAUCAGUGUGCUGAUGGGGGCCAACAUUGCCAGUGAAGUCGCUGCGGAGAAGUUCUGCGAGACCACCAUUGGCAGCAAAGUGAUACAGAACGGCCUUCUUUUCAAAGAGCUGCUGCAGACGCCCAACUUCAGAAUCACUGUGGUAGACGACGCAGAUACCGUGGAGCUUUGCGGUGCUCUUAAGAACAUUGUCGCCGUGGGAGCCGGCUUCUGCGAUGGGCUCCGCUGUGGGGACAACACCAAGGCGGCUGUCAUCCGCCUGGGCCUCAUGGAAAUGAUCGCCUUCGCCAAGAUCUUCUGUAAGGGCCAGGUGUCCACGGCCACCUUCUUGGAGAGCUGCGGGGUGGCUGACCUCAUCACCACCUGCUACGGAGGGCGGAACCGCAGGGUGGCAGAGGCCUUUGCCAGGACCGGGAAGACCAUCGAAGAGCUGGAAAAGGAGCUGCUGAACGGGCAGAAGCUCCAGGGCCCUCAGACCUCUGCGGAGGUGUACCGCAUCCUCAAGCAGAAGGGGCUGCUGGACAAGUUUCCCCUCUUCACUGCAGUGUAUCAGAUCUGCUAUGAGGGCAGGCCUGUCAUGCAGAUGCUGUCCUGCCUGCAGAGCCACCCGGAGCACCUCUGAAGGAAGCCAGGCAGCCAUCAGGAAUAGCCCUGCCUUGCCCACUGUAGGACCACCCAGAAAACCAGGGCCUGGCAGUGAGAUCCUGAUGACUGUUCUCUGAAUACAUACAAAUUGUCACAGCUUUGUCUCUGUGCCAGGAGAGGCACUCCACUGGCUAAGAUGUGUCGGGUAACAGCUACACACGCACAUGAGUGAGUGUGAGUGUGUGUGUGUGUGUGUGUGUGUGUGUGUGUACAAGUGUGCACCUUUCUCAUUCUGUGAGUGUUUCUCUGAACCCAAAUCAGGUAUCUAUUUUAAUGAUCACAUUUUAAAUUUCCCCUCCAAGGCAGCUUGGGAGAUCAGAACUAACUCAGCUAAAUUUUAUGGCUGUGACUCAUUUAUACUCAAGUGAAGGGAGGAACUAUUUUUUUUCCCUCUGAAACAGUUAUCCAGCAUUAAAAAGGUCUACAUAGAUACGUGCGUCUGAAGACCACUCUACUUUUAAAUAACAUCCCAGAGCCAGCAGCACAAGCUCCUGGAUUGUGAAUUGACAGCUUAACAAUCAGAUAGCUACUCCACAUACACAUUUCUUGCCUCCAGCCUCUUCACUGGCUGCUAGAAUGGCCUUUUAUACAGACCCAGCAAGGCAGGCCCUCCCUGCAGUGGCUGACAUCUCCUCCUGGGGACACUUCAUCAUACUCUUUGCUAGGUGGGACUUUUCUACAGCUGUGUUUCUUCAGGCUCGUGGAACCCUCAGAGAGGCCACGGUCACUUCUCAUGUGAGAAGCCAUAGCUGUACCUAGUCACCCAGGGACAUGGAGACAUUCCUCCAUCCCUCCAGGAUGGGACCUGCUAGGACGUCAGGGGCCUCUCUGGCCUGGCUGUUUGUAGGAGUGAUAAUGUUCAGCCUUUCCUGAGACCACAGGAGGGCUUCCUGCCUUGGAGAUCUGUGUGGCAAAGAGUCAAAAGUCACCACUCCAAGUGAUGUCCCUACUCGGUGGGGUCAUUGCACUCUUAAGAAGGUUCCUGGGCCUCAAAAAUGGCUCCCAUGUUUCAACAUGCCUUCCAUGCAUUUCUGAUACUCACUACAAUUUAACAAGCACUGCAUUAGAGAAUUUACAGCCUUUGCCGAACAAUGUUCUAUAAGAGACAAGUGUCCUGGAGUGUCCUGGCUAUGCCAGGUGGACCCUGAAAUGGCCAGGUGAGUUUGGCCAUUCCAGUUGCCUGUCACUUCACACUUUCCUAGAGGGGCGAGGAAGACUGGAUGCUAGGAACCCGCUAAGCUAAUAAGUCCCAAACACCUUAGACUAUGAACAUUUUUAUUUUUUACUAGAAUAUUAAGCAAAAUUUCUAGAGAAUACUGCUAUAGAGUGAGGUGACCUUGACUUUGCACAGGAAUUCAGGAUGACUAACUUCCUGUAAGAGUUCGUUCUAUGUAGCCUGGUCUGGCCUUGAAUUUGUCACCUUCUUGCCUCUGUCUCCCGAGUGGCCUGGGUUUUGCAGUUUCUGACCUUUCUGACUCCCUUGAGAAAGCUUUCAGGAGACAGGGUCAGGCACGGACAAGUCGAUGACAACCUCACUGAAAUGCACACUAUAUGGAGUGAGUGCUUUGGAUGCUAGAAUUAGAACACAAAUGAUUUUAUUUAAAAACCAGGCAUCCAGGGGGUGGGAAGAGCAUACAGAUGUCACGCUGUUCUGUGCGUAUGAGACUUUCCACUUCUCUCCCUCCUCCUGGGUUUGGUAGCCCCCACCCACUCACCCUUAUAUAACUGAAAAUGAUUGUAAAAUAAAUUUUUAUGGGAAUUUUUAAAACUAUCCAAGAUGACUUUUGGAGCAUUGUAAAAGUCCCAUACCUAAAGCGCACAGCAGGCUGAAUAUUUCAGUUUUCAUAAUGAUGUUGUCAAUCGAUUUUUUUCUUGCCUCCUAAGUCUUUUUUUUAAAACUUUGUACAUAUGUAACGAAGAGUUACUUUUUAAGAUAUGCAAAGGGCUGAGAGCUACCGUGGUGUCUACAAAGUAGCACAGGGCAGAAUUGUUUUGUGUUUUGCAUCCUCAUUUACAUUCACCGGCUCUCUGGCCUUGUACUUCCGGGUCCUUCCCCUCAUGAAUGACCCUUACUGACUGACAUCCCCUGAAGUCAUCUGAUGUGCUUAUCAUAAUCCACCCAUGAUGGAAACUGGUAAAUUCCUUGUUUGUGCUCUGGCCAGAGGGGUUACUGAGUCACCUCUUUCGGUAACCUUGUAACCACCUGCUGACUGGUGUUUCUUGGCGAAAGGAUCAGCGACACCUGGAUUAGAAACUUCAUCUGUGAAUGUAAAACUAAGCUCUUGCCUUGCUCCUCUCCACCACAGUUUUGGACAAAUCUCUGGAAACCCGCCCCGGGGCUAAGCCUGCCUUCUGGUGUUUUCAUAGCUGGCCUAAGGAGGGUGCUGUGGUGAGACUGCAGUGUCUAAAUAGAAUUGUUUCUCUGCCACUUCUGAUUGGCUGGUCUUCUACUUCCACAUGUACUGUAUUUGUUUACAGACUGUAGGUGGAUGUGUAGUGUAAAGGCUUGGUUUAAUAAAUACGACCUCUUAAACCUGUA